AUGAAGGCGAUUCCGCAUGAUGAUAUGGUGAAAUUGCUGAAACUUUGUUCGGAAUGGCGCCAUAACCCAAAUUUGGUGAUGCAAUUUGGCAACGUGGAAGCUGAGAUUGAAUUCUUCGCUUCCCUCGUCAAAGCUGACGGCUGGCUGAAAGGAGAUCACAUUGAUUUGGGCUUGUAUCUCAUCCGGAAGCGACAACAACAGUUGGAGGAAGUAGAAAUAUCGGAUUGGACAACGACCGAUGUAUUUUUUAUGAAUCACAUCCAUACUUGCUUUGCGGAUAAUAAAAGGAAAAAAGAGCAAGUUGGGUGGAAAAUUAGAACCAGUUUAGUGAACGUUGUAAAUGGCAAGGUUCCGGCUUGUGGAUUGGAUUGGCAGAACACGUAUAAGUGUGAAAUCAAAGUCUACGAUUCAAUGGUUUCACUCAUUCCAGAUCAGAGCUUAAAGGAAGAACUCGGCCCCCUGUCAAUUACGAUUCCAAAUCUUCUGCACACCCUCGACUUUUAUGAAGAAGGUGUUUACGCGAACGAGUGCACCCGAGAUUGGUGGUGUCCAUGGCCAAUACAUCGUGUGGAUGUUCCACAACAGGCUAAUCAAGGCGAUUGUGGUAUGUUCGUGUUGAAGUACAUUGAGCUGUUGAGUGCUGAGAUUUCCUUAGCUACUUGCACCUCGCAGAACAUGCCAUUUUUUCGGUUGAAGUUGGCUGCAGAAAUUGCACGGGGAGAUGCUUACAUGCCAUGA